GCGGCCAGAAGAAGCCGCAGUUAUAACCCGUGUGGCGGCUCUAACAUUAACCUACACAGCUCAGACAACAAGUCCACACACAUAUAUGUAACCGUGCACCAUUGUUUUUAGCACGUCAGCUACGUUUAAGCCGUAACCGGACCGCAUGGAGUCCGCGUUCAAAAGGUCGGCGAGGUGUUGUGCGGGACAAGAGAGCAUCCAGCUAACGUUAGCUAGCCGCAGCUAGCCGCGGACCGCACGGCGAGGAGAAGCUCGGUGCUGCUGCUCACUCCACGGACGGACACAGAGGACGUCAGCCUGUAAACAAUGGGCCUCAUAUUCGCCAAACUGUGGAGCUUCUUCUGCAACCAAGAGCACAAGGUGAUAAUCGUCGGACUAGAUAACGCAGGGAAAACCACCAUCCUCUACCAAUUUCUGAUGAAUGAGGUCGUCCACACGUCCCCCACUAUCGGAAGCAACGUGGAGGAAAUAGUGGUGAAGAACACUCACUUUCUGAUGUGGGAUAUAGGAGGACAGGAGUCUCUCAGGUCCUCCUGGAGCACCUACUACUCCAAUACAGAGUUCAUCAUUCUGGUGGUGGACAGCACAGACAGAGAGAGGCUGGUCAUCUCUAAAGAGGAGCUCUACAGGAUGCUGGCUCAUGAGGACCUGCGGAAAGCAGCUGUGUUGAUAUUUGCCAAUAAGCAGGACAUGAAGGACUGUAUGUCCGCGGCGGAGAUCUCCAAAUACCUCACCCUGAGCUCCAUCAAAGACCACCCCUGGCACAUACAGUCCUGCUGUGCACUUACAGGAGAGGGUUUAUGCCAAGGCCUUGAGUGGAUGACUUCGAGGGCUGGACUCAGAUAGCCCCUCCCUCAUCCAUCAAUGGCCUGACUACCUGCACCACCUGCACGGUGGCAACAACAGCUUCUCUUUACUGGUUUAUUUGUACUUUUUAUUUUAUUUUUAAACGAUAAACUUGGGCUUUUGACCUCUGGAGACGGCACAAGACAGAGGAGCAUUGACGCCUCCCACAACUUAAAUGUGUGUUAACAGUGGAGCUGGAAACAGUGGAGCUGGUGUUUCUCCCCAGAGGAUGAACCAGAACUGAUGAACUGACCUGGUCAUCCGGGGCGAGAAGUCGCUUUUUUACAGUAAAGGAGGAGAAGAAGAUCAUUUCAGUAAGUUAAGAGUGGGUCCAAGUGCAAAGCAGGGCUGCACUGGACGUGAUUUACACUAAACACAUAUCAUGUCAUACCAUAUCAAGAGAAUGCCAUAAACAUCACGUUGGUGCAGCUCUUAAUAUUAUUAUUAUUGUUAUUAUUUUUACUCUAUAAGUUUCUUCAUGUUCAGGUAAACAAUUGACAAGACGAGCAAAGGGAUUACAAGCAGUAUUUUGAAACCCGUUUUCAUGGGAAUGGUGGCACAGGGGAGUUCUUCAAAAUAAUGUUCUCAUCAAUUUUUUUCUCUUUUUUUUUU